UCCAUCCUGAAAACGGACAAAACAGUGUUCAGUGUGUUCCUUGGGGAGCAGAAGUGAAGCUUUGAAGGGACUUGAAUGGAUUUCAGUUCUUUGGGCAGAGGGGAUGCACACAGACAUGCAGCACCUGAGUUCUUCAGCAGCAGCUGGCUCCUCUCUGGAAAAGCUCCCCUGACAACUGUGGAUUCUUCCCGUGGUUUUACAGCUGCAGGAGGAGGAAGAAAAGCAUCUUCAGUCUGAGCAUUGUGUUCCUGACUUGAAGACUGCCUUGGAUGCCAAGAAAAGAGAGGCAGUAACUUCUUCCCAGGAACUGCAGGACCUCCUGUUGGCACCUUGUGAGACCAAUCCGACUGUGAACCAACUGGAAGAAGACGCGCAAGACUUUGCAAGUGAGAACAGCAGAUUGGAAGCCACUGUCCAGCAGCCAAGCGAGAGCGUUGAAGCCCUUCCGAGAGCCCUGCAAGCCUCUGCCUCAGGUGGUGAACUUUCCCAGCAGCUGGACAUGGAGCCUGGAACAGGCAUGCAGCUCGAGGCCCUAAACCAGGCUGUGCAAGAAGAGCUGUCCACUCUGCUUGGGAGGUGUGAACAACUGGAGAAGAGCAAAUGUCAGCUGCAAGAAGAGGUGACAAAACACCACCAUCAUUUGGAGACUUUGGUGCUGGAUGGCAGCCAAAGAGAACAGUGUACAGGAGAGGUGGCAGAAGGAGCUGACCAGGAAAGAAGUGCAAAGCUACAAGAGGUCAGCCUCGUUUUGCAAGCACAGGCAGCCCACCAGGCCCCACUAGGACAAACUGGAGACAUUCAUUGUGAUUCCAUGAGAAUCCAGUUGGAAGAAAGGAUUAGAAAUCUUGAAAGUGAAUUGGAGAGGAUCAAAACCACCCAAGAAGAGAGUGCUUCUCGUAAAGAAGCAACACAGGGAGGGAUGGAAAUGUACAAAGAGCUGUAUCUGGAGGAAGUGAAAACCAGAAGAUGCCUUGCCAAGAAACUGGAAAGGCUGGAAAAGCUUCUGAGGAUAGAGAGGAGGAAACUCCGGGUUAAUGAAGAGAAAGGAAGUCAGUCCCAGCUGGAAGAAAUGAAGAAGAGAUAUUCUGAAAAGGUCAAGGAAGUUGAUAGAUUCCAAAAAGAGGUUGCUGAACUUUCCCAGCAGUUGGACAGGGAACGUGAACAGUGCACGCAGCUGGAGGCCAAAAAUCAGGCUUUGCAAGAAGAGCUGUCUGCCCUGCGUGGGGAGUGCGAGAACCUGGCCCUGGACAAAUGCCAGCUGCAAGAAGAGCUGGCAAAACUCCACCAUCAUUUGGAGACCAACGUGGUGGAUCGCAGCCAACUCGAACAGUGCAAAAGAGAGGUGGAAGAACAAGCAGACCAGGAAAUAAGACAAAAACUCCAAGAAGUCAAUGAGUUUUUGCAAGCACAGGCAGCCCACCAGGACACCUUAGAAGAAAUCAGAACCAGUCAUGUGGAGUCACUGAAAAAACAGUUAGAAGACAGAAUUAGAGAUCUGGAACGUGCACUGGGAAGGACAAAAAGCAACCAAGCAGAAAGACCUUUUCAAAAGGAAUCCACCCAGGCAGAAGUGGACAAGUACAAAGAGCUGUAUCUGGUGGAAGCCCAAAGAAGAAAAAGCCUCACCAAGAAACUGGAAAGAGCUACUGAGAGACUUGCAGUGGCGAACACCAAGCUCUUUUUGGAGCGCCACAGAAGCAGAUCUGUGGUCACAAGCAGCGCUGUCAGCGGAGUUCUGGCUGCAAGUCCACUUCUGGAUUCACCUGGCCUGGGACAUGUUGGCCUCAGUUUGGGACUGAGCAGAAGUCUGGCUCUCAGAACACCACCCAGACACCUGUGGUAAAGCCCAAGACUUCUGCUCAUCAGGACAUCCUGUGAGGGACCGUUCAGAUGGAUGGAACAAAUUGCUUCCUUUCCUUAAUUUCGACACCCACGGCCUAGUAGCCAGUUUCCUUAAUGGUGGCCUUCAAGGUUUGGUAGCAAAGACUCCAAGAUCAGCUCUAACCCAUCCCUACAUUGCUCAGCGACAAUGAUCCUAGUGGUGAGGGCAGCGAAAAUGCUACUUAAAAUUGGAGAGGUGGUGCUGCAUUGGUCCCCUUGUUGUACGAAAGGAAUCGCUGGAGCUUUGGGGACAAGAAGUGCCAACGGCCACGACAACUGUACACAGGCAACAGUAUCGGAGGAACCGAGAUGCUGUGACCCCCAUCCAUCCAUCCAGUACAUCCAUGACAUCAUUGCGGGGGGGACACAGCAGAAGAAGUUUUCGAGAAAGGACAGAAGAUCAUCCAGAUUCUCCUCGAGGCUGGUUUUGCCAUCAAGAAGAGUAAGGUCAAGGGCCCUGCCCAAGAGAUCCAGUCCCUCGGGGUGAAAUGGCAAAUGGACGACACCAGAUACCAACAGACGUCCUCAACAAGAUUGUAGCAAUGGCUCCACCCACAAACAAGAAAGAAACCCAAGCUUUUCUUGGAGCCAUUGGCUUCUGAAGGAUGCACAUCCCAGAGUACAGCCAGAUGGUGAGCCCUCUUUACUUUGUGACCCGUAAAAAGAACAAUUUCCAGUGGGGUCCUGAACAACAACAAGCUUUCAGGCAGAUCAAGCAAGAGAUUGCACAUGCCGUGGCUCUUGGAGCAGUCAGGACAGGACCAGAGGUAAAGAAUGUGCUCUACUCUGCAGCUGGAGAUAAAGGUCCCUCCUGGAGCCUCUGGCCAAAGGUGCCUGGUGAGACGUGAGGGCGACCACUGGGUUUCUGGAGCCGAAGCCACAGAGGUUCUGAGGCCAAUUCCACCCCUGUGGAGAAGGAAAUCUUAGCAGCCUAUGAAGGCAUACGAGCAGCUUCAGAGCUUUCAGAUUCAGCAAUGUCCUCACUCCCGACAGACCAGGGUCCCCUUUCCAGAGUAAUGGAGGAGCACCGGGAUUUUUUAAUCCAAAAUUCCUGGAUUGGAAUGAAGUGCUCUGGAAAGGCUCUGGAAAUCAUUGGGUGUUCACAAUCAUCAAGGAAGAUGUUCACCAGGAAUUGCUGAUCACUGGCCUCCAGCUGGAUGUUGCACUCCUGAUCACCACCCCAGCCAGCAGAUUUCAACCAGCCUGCUGUCUGCUCAUCCAGCCCAUACUUCAUGGGCUUCUCUGUGAGGGAGCCCUGUCUGUGUCCACUAGUACACACAUUCAUUUGGAUUUUAAACAAUCAAACAGAAGUGAGUGUUUUAACAGCAGAAUUAUUUUUCAAAGGGAAAUAGAAGGGUAUGGCUUUGAUGGAACGAGUGCCUUCAAGCUCCUCUGGCAGGCACUGUUUGAAAGCUAUUUGGGUGAUUUUUGAUAAGAAAUGAAAGAUGCAACGGCAGGAAGCCAUUCAGCAAUCCCUGACAAGGGAGGUCCACUGUCAAUUGCUGGGAGGGCCCCCACCUGUUUCUUUUAAUGGUGCUCCCAAAUCCCACCCCUUGGGCCUCCCAUCUCAUCCCAUCCUUUUUGGUCCCCUCAGGCAUCUCCUCCCCAGCAUCUGCUCUGUGUCCUACCCAGGAUCCCCAAACAUCCUCCCACUGAUCAUUCCCAAAGCUUUUCUUUCCAUCCUUCUCCUCAGACCUUUGCCUUUCACCCAGGUCACUGCCCUGGUACCUCCCAAGACCAUUCCUUGCCUCCCUCUCCACUCCCAACCAUCUCCCAGUGCCCUCGUUUUUGUCCUCCUCCAUCAUCCUCCUCCUGUCCCCACCAAGCCUCUCCCUUGCAGUGCCCAUGUCCCUACACUUGAAUUCCUUUCCCCUCCCCUGCAUCCCACACAGGGCCCCUUCAACACCCCAAUCCCAGUCCCGUGGGCUCCCCAGUUCCCCCCACUUCACCCUCUUUGGGUCCCCUCCUACUCCCCCCACCGUCCCUGCAGGCCCUGAAUUCCCCUGGCUCUCCUUGUCUCCAUCCCCACCCUGGGCCCUGCAGGCACAGGGGUUGGAGGUGAAACUGGGGGCAGUGGGAGCAGGGGGAGCA